GAGUGGAAAACGAAACUAGCUAACGUUAGCUAACAUAAUUUCUCGUUACACAGCUAGUAGUUAAUGCUAAGGGAUUUUUUUUUACAUUUCUGUACGAUUACUGAAUUGCACAUAUAUUACAGCAUUCGAUUUUAGGUCGGUAUUAUAAGAGUCGACAUCUGUAUUUGUCAAAUAUCAAACAGAGCUAGAGGCUAGCUAGCUGCCUUUACUGUAUCUUCUGCUAAUGUAGCUGACAAUUAAGUCGCAGUUGCUUGCCUUCCUUUCAGCAUGUACAAGGCCGGGUAUCUUUCUUGGUCUCUACCUGAGAGUGAUGCUGAGACAAGUUCCGACGAAAAUGAGAGUGCUGUUAAAAACAACAGUCCAAAAACUCUAGCAACAAAAAUUGAUAGAAAUGAUGAGAUUCCGUCAGUUAAUUCUGAUGUAAAAAUGGAGUCACAGCCUAUCAAAACCAGUGGUUCCAACGACAGCAUUCCUGGAGUUUCUCCUGAGAUGUGGCAAAAAUUUAAGGAACUCCAGACAAAAAACCAGGAGAUGAAGAGAACAACACAACGCACAGAAAGGCGACGGAGAAGAAAACGUCAUAGAAAAGCUGAUGAAUCAACCAGUGCAGUCACAUCUGAGGAAGACAGAAAGCAUCAAGCUGAGCGUGAAGCGCACUGGAAUGGGCUUACGCAGUACUUUGGCGUAAAUGAUAGGUUUGAGCCUCCCGCCUGCAGCAGACCCCUGCCCAAGACAGGCCUAGAAAAAAGCAUCGACAGUGCGAUUGCUGAAGGGGACUAUGGGAAAGCGGAGGAUCUGAGUGACAGACUCGCCACUCAAGAGCUGGCCGUGAAAAUCGCAGGAGCCAUAGAUUGCCGUGACUUUGUGAAAACCAAACAGGAAGCAGAAGCCUCACGGGAAGCCCAGAAAAGGAAGAAACAAGUUGCUUGGGGGUCUGUCAUAUUUCUCUCGAUUAUCUCUUACACUUUCAUUAAAUCAAAAUACGUUCCACACGCCACAUUUACUGCUCUCGUCAACCGGCAUGCCAGCCCUCUGCGUGUUUUUCUUUUUACAACAUACGCCUGGGUUCUCCUGGAUUCAGAUGUGUGUGAGUGGAUGUCUUUCCACCACGUCAGGAGCCUCCGCUCAUAAGGAAAUGGUGGAUAAACUGUCAUACCAAUCACA